AUGCCGGCCACCACAACGGGCUUGACGACGGCGUCGUCGUCCUCGUCGUCGACGCCGGCGGCCAUCACCUCGUUCCCGCGCGUGCCGCUGACCACCACCUUCACGCCGACCGGCAGCGACUGCGACGGCAUCUACCUCCCGCGGAACACGCCCGUCUACAUGAUCGGCGACCGGCUGUCCUGCCUGCCGCCGGCCUUCUCCACCUCGGACCCGGCCUUCUACUACUCGCCGGGCAUCGCCUGCCCCAGCGGCUACUGGACGGCCUGCCACGACACGACGGGCGCCGCGUCCAUCACCACCGUCACCUGCUGCCCCACCUACGGCGACAUCUCGCUGUCGUGCGUGCCCAACCCGCUCGACCUGGCCGGCGUGUGGAAGACGCUCUACUGCACCUGGAUCGCCCCCGUCUCCGCCACCCCGAUCACCGUCACCCUCUCCGGCGACGGCCGCACCUCCACCGUCACCACGCUCGUCUCCUCCCCGGGCGGCGUCAACGCCUUCGGCGUGCGCAUGGUCCACCAGUCCUCCGACCUCGUGACCUCCUCCUCGUCGUCGUCGUCGUCCUCCUCCAUCACCAACUCCGCCCCACCCGCCACCUCCUCCCCGAACGCCAACAACCCCACCGAUGCAACCUCCGACUCGGGCCUCUCCACCGGCGCAAAAGCCGCCAUAGGCGUGGUCAUCCCGCUGGCCGUGCUCGCCGCGCUGUUCGCCGCGCUCAUACUGUACCGGCGGCGGCGGCGCCAACAACAACAGGAACAACAACAGAAACAAGAAAACCUGUUCCCGCCGCAGCAGGGGGGCUACAGCGACUAUGCCGCCGCCGCCACCGCGGCGGGGGUUGGUGCUGGCGGUGGUGGUGGUGCUGCUUACGCGCUAGCCGACCGGGCAAAGCCCGGGUACUACGCGGCGCGGUCGCCGCAGGAGAUGGAGGGGUCGGAGUGGGAGCGGCCGGUGGAGAUGCCCAGCUCGAUUACCGCGGCGGAGCUGCCUGGCGAGGGGGUCGGCGGGUGGGUGAGGAGGUGA